GUGCAAGUUGGCGACAGUCUUGGCAACGCGUUUAGAACGAACGGAUCGAAAGCCAGCGAGUCGAAUUGCCAGCGGAUUCAAAUGUAAUUUAAAAGAAAGUGAAAGCUGUGCAAAAGCUUAUGAAGUGAGUGAAAGCUGAAUAAGGAAAAGUGAAAUAUUGAGCAUGGUACUCAAGGAAACAUGAAAUAUUGUGAAAAAAUAAUGUGAAUAUUAACGAAAAAAGCAAAAAAUAAUAAUAACAGAUAAAAGAAAUUAAUUUUCAUCAGUUGUCCUCUCAAAAACAAAAAAAAACUAAAUGCUUUAAAAUGAAGCGCGUGAAACUCAAAAUCAACAAAAAUCCCAAACCUCUUCACAGCAUUCUACUGCUAUUUGUCUCUUUAUCCAUAUGCCUUGGCGCACAGGAGAAACUCUUACGCAUUAACACCGAUUUAACGGCACUUUCGACUGAUGCUGCGUCUAGUGGUGGUGCUUUCAACUCGCCUCCUGACGCUAGCAAACAAAGUGAGCAGGCGGUACUGCCUCUGGAUGCUGCCUCGCACAUUUGUGUACGCGAGGAAACCUAUGUGGAACAACUGAAGGUGCCCACCAUGCAGCCAGUGCGUAUCCGUAGCUCCCAGUGGUGCAUGGAGAUUCCGCCACGCUGCUCCAACUAUAAGACGGAAAUGCGUGAAGUGGUGCAGAUCAAGAAUGUCACAAAAACACGCACAAUACGCUUUUGCUGCGCUGGUUACGAAGGCAACAUCUCGAUCAAUGAUACAGUUUGCAAGCCAGUUUGCCGCGGCGGUUGCGGACGCGGCUACUGCCAGACGCCGGAUGUGUGCAGCUGCGAAGCAGGCUACACUGGCACACAUUGCACGCAAAGGUGCGACCACGACCACUGGGGCGAUGAGUGCAAGCAACAGUGCAAAUGCCAAAACGGCGCCGUGUGCGACAAUAAAUCUGGUAUUUGCCAUUGCACCACUGGAUGGACUGGCGAAUUUUGUGAGCUGCCUUGCCCGGCCGGUUCGUAUGGUGUCAUGUGUCAUAAGGAGUGCGCCUGCGCCGACAAGCGCUGCCAUCCGCAAACAGGCGCUUGUGGCGACGCGGUGGACACUGUGAUGCCGAAUGUCACGCAUGUCAUGAUCCAAACGCUCAACUCCACCAUCGCCAACAUAACGCACAAGCUUGACCGCAUUGCGAACAAAAUAGUGACCAUAGCGACCAGCACUGUUGUGCCGCCACAGCUCACCGCCGCACCCGAGGUGAUUGUGAUCAAGCAAGAGGACCAACACACGCCCAAAAUAAUCGUACACCAACCCGGCUUGGGUGGUGGCUUGCUGGGCGACUUGCACACCGCUGGCGGCAAAACGCCUGAGGUGAUACACGUAAUCACGGCUGCCGGUGCCGACUGGCCGCCAACACACGCAAACGGCUCCAUUAUCGGCGGUGCGCAUGAUGCGAAACUGAGUUUAGCUGGCAUUGGUGGCGGAAUUGAGUCGCCGGCGCACACCUUGGCACCAACCGCUGCCGAACACGACGCUAACCUGCUGAGUACACUGCUGGUGCUGCUGCUCAUCAUCGUUGUUGCCAUCGGCGGUAGUUGGCUGUACAUAUAUCGGCGCUAUCAUUUACAAAAGCAGCGCGUCGAGGCGGCCUUGGCAGCGCGAAAUGCCAGCUUUGGUGCGCCGACGGCUGAGUUAGGCGGCGGCAGUGGCAGCACGGUGGACGCCACAGUAAUGUCUGGCGUGGGCGGCAAGAGCUUCUUGAAACCGUUGCCCGAUUUGCCGGCCUUUACGCAAAUGGUGCGCCACAAAAUCGAGGAAGGACCCGAAUUCUAUGAUGCGCCGAGCAAUAAUUCUUCGGUGAACACCGCUUCCUAUGAUUACGCGCGCAAACUCUCGCUUUAUUCGAUUGUGUCACCGAAGUCGCGCAAAGGCAGUCCCGAUUCGCAUCUCUACGACGAGAUACGCUAUCCUUCGGCUUUUCAGCAGCAGCAACAACAACAACAUCAGCAACAUAACCAACACAACUUUAGUACCCAGCAAAGGCAGCGGCAUCAUGGACAACCACAACAACAUAAUCAUCCACAAUUCACCAACCAUCAACAACACCAACAACAACAUCCUGUGCAUAUCAUAAAUGCUCUUGGCCAAUCGAAUUUGUUGCCGCACGCGCCGCAGCUACAGAAACCCAUGCAACAUACACAAAUUUCUGCCUUCAUUGCUCAACAGCCUUUGACCGCCACUACUCUACAACAACAACAACAGCAACAUCACAUUGCUCAUCUGAUUAUACCACCGCAAAAUGCCAAUUUCCUGCAAGUGCCAUCAACGUCCGCGUCCAAUGUAAACGCCACCAACAACAGCGCCACACGCAAAGUGGCUCUCAUUUAACUAAUAACUGUAAACACUCGUAUCAUAUACACUUUUGCAAUUGCAGGGAAUUCCAUGUAACUGCACCAAAAUAUUUUUUAUAAACAUUAUCAUUACGCCAUUUUCACUAUAUUUUUUGUAGAACUACUUUUAAUACGCAUACAUUUGUAUUUUGUUAUACUUUAUAUAAUAAAUGGAAGAUAACCAUUUGA